UGUCACUACGUAACUCCGUACAUGUGACGAACUGUCAUGGAGGCCCCCACGCGAGCGUCUGAAGUGUAAAGGUUCCGACUGUACGCAGACUUUCAUAAUUUCUUGUUGUGCCCUCUUUAAAUAUGAGGUACUUGCUCCAGCUGGGCCGCUCGUGCGCCCGCCUCCAUGUCCGUUUAUGUCACCAGAGUGUUUACAGCAGACACAAAAACCUACGAAGUGUUGGAGUGGACCUUGGAGAAAAGAAGCUUGAAAUCUCUUCAGGAAAGUUUGCCAAAUUUGCUGAUGGCUCUGCUGUUGUACAGCUGGGCGACACCUCCGUGAUGGUGACGGCCGUGAGCAAAACCAAACCUUCUCCAUCUCAGUUUAUGCCUCUUGUGGUGGACUACAGACAGAAAGCAGCAGCUGCAGGUCGAAUCCCCACCAACUACCUGAGGCGAGAGCUGGGCACCACCGACAAUGAGAUCCUCACCAGCAGACUCAUUGACCGCUCAAUUAGACCACUUUUCCCUCCCGGUUACUUUUACGAUACUCAGAUCCUUUGUAACCUGCUAGCAGUUGAUGGAGUAAAUGAUCCAGAUGUGCUGGCUAUUAAUGCAGCUUCUGCUGCCCUGGCCAUUUCUGAUAUACCCUGGCACGGACCCAUAGGUGCCGUACGUGUGGGCAUCGUAAAUGGAGAGUUGCUGAUCAACCCCACAAGGGCAGAGAUGGCUUCCAGCACUCUUAACUUGAUUAUAGCUGGAGCUCCCAGCAGUCAAGUGGUGAUGAUUGAGGCGUCGGCGGAGAACGUGCUGCAGCAGGACUUCUGCCACGCCGUGAAGGUGGGAGUCAAGCACACCCAGCAGAUCAUACACGCCAUCCAGCAGCUGGCGCGAGAACAGAAAGUGACCAAGCGCACCCCGAUCAAGAUGUUCUCAGCCCCGGAUGACAUGGUGGAACACGUUAAGAGAUUAUCCUCUGAGAAGAUCUAUGCUGUUUUCACUGAUUACACUCAUGAUAAGAUUUCAAGAGAUGAAGCUAUUAACAAGGUUCGACUAGAAACUGAGGAGGACCUAAAAGAGAAAUUCCCUCAGGCUGAGACUUUCGAAAUCAUUGAGGCCUUCAACAUCGUGAGCAAAGAAGUCUUCCGGGAUUUAGUGCUCAAUGAGUACAGAAGGUGUGAUGGGAGGGAGUUGACAGCUCUAAGGAACAUUUCUUGCGACGUGGAUCUUUUUAAGCCGCUCCAUGGCUCAGCUCUGUUCCAGAGAGGACAAACACAGGUGCUGUGCAGUGUCACAUUUGACUCCCUGGAAUCCAGUAUCAAAGCAGAUAUUAUCACCACAGCUUUGAGUGGCAUCAAAGACAAAAACUUCAUGCUUCAUUAUGAAUUCCCUCCAUAUGCAACCAACGAGGUGGGAAAGAUCGGGGGCCUCAACAGGAGAGAACUUGGACAUGGGGCUCUGGCGGAGAAGGCUCUGAGGCCGAUCAUUCCUAAAGACUUCCCUUUCACUAUCCGGGUCACAGCCGAGGUGCUCGAGUCAAACGGAUCGUCAUCGAUGGCUUCAGCGUGUGGAGGCAGCCUCGCUCUCAUGGAUGCAGGCGUACCCAUCUCGUCUGCUGUUGCAGGUGUUGCCAUUGGCCUCAUCUCCAAGGCAAACCCAGAGAAGCCUGCAGAGAUAGAAGACUACAGACUACUGACUGAUAUUCUGGGAAUAGAGGAUUACCUCGGAGACAUGGACUUCAAAUUGGCAGGAACAAACAAGGGUAUCACCGCUUUACAGGCUGACGUGAAGAUUCCAGGUUUGCCUCUGAAGCUGGUCAUGGAGGCGAUCCAACAGGGCACUGUUGCAAAGAGGGAAAUCUUGGGCAUCAUGAACAAAUGUAUAGCAAAGCCCCGAGAAAGCAGGAAAGACAGUGGACCUGUUGUUGAAAAUGUGCGGGUGCCCGUGUCCAGACGAGCUCAGUUUGUCGGCCCGGGAGGAUACAACCUGCGCAGGCUUCAGGCACAGACAGGUGUGACGAUAAGUCAGGUGGACGAGGAGACCUUCUCUGUGUUCGCUCCAACGCCGGGAGCCAUGGGCGAAGCCCAACAAUUCAUCAGUGAGAUCUGCAAAGAUGAUCAACAACAGCAGCUGGAGUUUGGUGCUGUCUACACUGCCACUAUUAUAGAAAUAAGGGACAUUGGUGUGAUGGUAAAACUUUAUCCCAACAUGACUCCUGUCCUGCUGCACAACUCACAACUGGACCACAAACGGAUCAAACAUCCAAGUGCUUUGGGUUUAGAGGUGGGACAGGAGAUACAGGUCAAGUUCUUCGGACGAGACCCAACAGACGGUAGAAUGAGACUCUCGCGGAAGGUGCUCCAGUCUCCGGCUGCGACUGUGGUCAAGACACUAAGCGAGAAGCAGAGCAUCUCCAUGGGUUCAAGCAACAGCCAAACGACCAGCGCUGACUCGUGACACUCAGACAUGGCGGCCUGAUUUUAGGCCACAGCAGAUUUAAACUGAGUAGUUUUUUUUUCUACGAGAGAAUUGAGAAACCUACCGAAACCAAGAGCUGCAGAUCCAGAAACAAUGAAACAAUGCAGAACAUGAGGAACGUUACCCGGAGAGAGGAAUAAUAAUGAAGAGGAGGCAAACUUAUAAAUGUGUUGCACGUUCAAGUCUGUACUUUUCAUGUUUUUUCUGACUGCAUCCAGCUGUUAAAGGAUUUUGUUUCCCUCGUCACAGUACAAGAAGGGUUCUGUUAUUUACAAGUGUGAUGUAUACAAUACUGUCUCUUCUCGUUUGGGAACUCCAUACUCCACUGAAGCAGCGUGUCUUCUAAAAACAACGAAGUGGGAGAAGAGUUAUUUUUAUAUCAUUUCCUUUCCUUUCUUGUGUCACAUUUGUAGAAUAUGUGAGUAACAUAAUGAAAAUAAAACAAUAACUUUGACACAACAUUCUAAAAAUGCCAAUAAAGAAAUUUUAAAGUAAUUCUAUUCGUAUAAACCAGAUAUAAACCAGUCAUCAAUCACCAUUAAGCAGUUGGUAUGUUGUUGAAAAAAUAAAGCUAAAAGCGGCAA